AUGGUUAACUUACUAUACGACCUGCGGUAUGCAAUGGUUGGUCCCGAGAAAAAGGCGGUUCCCGUUCCGGAAAAUGUGCUCCAAUUAGCCCAAGAAGACAGGUUGGGAACUCUAAAAGUGGCUGAAUUGCAAGCGUUUUGUGAAUCCAAAGGCAUUAUACCCGCGGCCUCUAGAAAGGCUGAGUAUAUUCUAGCCAUUCGUAAGUUCUGUAACUUGUAAUCAUUUGCAAACCAAUGGCACCAAUCCAUGAAAUUCACUAAUUUGUAUAACAGUAUUACUGUAAUGAUUGAGAACAUUAAAAAAUAAAAUCUUUAUUUUUCAAAAUGUAUUUAAAUAAA